AUGGAUCUUUUGGGGACCACGACCAUCUUCUUGGUGGUCUGCCUGGUCCUUCUGGUGGUCUGGAGGAAGGUAGAGGCCAAGAGGAAAAACUGGCCUCCAGGUCCAAUGCCACUCCCGGUCUUUGGAAACCUCCUCCAGCUGAAGGCUACCAAUGUUGCAGAGCGGCUGAAGAAGAUGAGUGAAAAAUAUGGUCCAGUCUUCACGGUAUAUUUUGGCUCAGACCAGGUGGUGGUCCUCUAUGGCUACAACAUGGUGAAGAAGAUUUUGGUGGAUAGUGGGGACGAGCUCCUUGACCGGGGAAGCUUCCCAUCAGCAGAUAAGAACAACAGAGGACUAGGUCUUCUCAUGGGCAACGGUGAGCGCUGGCUCCAGAUCCGUCGCUUCUCCCUCACUACUUUGAGGAACUUUGGGAUGGGGAAGAAAGGCAUCGAGGAACGGAUCCAGGAGGAGGCUGAAUACCUGAUGAAGGGGCUCAGGAAUACAAAGGGCCAGCCCUUCAACCCUGCCAUGCUCCUCAGCUGCGCAACUGCCAACAUCAUCAGCCACAUCCUCCUUGGAGAACGCUUCGACUACCAAGACCAAGAGUUUUGCCGGAUCGUCCGUUUGCUCAUUGAGAGCUUAAGACUUGAGAGCUCCAUUGCAGGACAGCUCUACAACAUCUUCCCCAGGAUCAUGGACUACUUGCCUGGCCCUCACCAAACCUUCUUCACUAAUCUUGCCGAUAUCCAGGCCUUUGUGGCCAACAAGAUAAGGAACCACGAGAAGACCCUGGAUCCCAGCAGUGGCCCAAGGGACUACAUAGACUCCUUCCUCUUCAAAAUGGAGCAGGAAAAGAACAACCCCAAGACGGAAUUUACCCGGGACAACCUCAUGAUGACUGUUUAUGACAUCUUCUUUGCGGCAACAGAGACCACCAGCACCAGCCUGAGAUACACUCUCAUGAUCCUCCUUGAACAUCCGACCGUGGAAGCAAAGGUCCAGGAGGAAAUAGACCAGGUGAUUGGUCGGGAGCGUCCACCAGCCAUGAAGGACCGCCUUGGGAUGCCCUACACUGAAGCUGUCCUCCACGAAGCCCAGAGGUUCCUUUCGCUCAUCCCCUUGGGCUUCACUCGCAUCGCCAAGAAGGACAUGGAGCUGGGAGGAUUCAAGAUCCCAAAGGGAGCGACUCUAUAUCCCAUCCUGAGCUCUGCACUGCAUGACCCCACGCAAUUUAAAAAUCCAUACCAGUUUGACCCGGGACAUUUUCUGGACGAAAAAGGAGAAUUCAAGAAGAACGGAGCUGACAUGCCUUUCUCUGCAGGAAAGAGGAAUUGCUUGGGUGAAGGACUGGCCCGGAUGCAGCUCUUCCUCUACAUCACCACCAUCCUGCAGAGUUUCCGCCUGAAGCACCCUCCGGGAGUCACCCAAAUCGAACUCACGCCGGACGUCAGUGGAUUCAGGAACAUCCCCCACCAAGUCCAGCUCUGCUUCUGCCCACGCUGAGCAGCGUCCGGCCAUCCAUGCCUUUGCUUGCAUAUGUUUUGAUUCAAAAUGUG